GAAAUACAAAUAUAAUGUCAGGUGGCUGAAAAUUUGCCUAUCAAAAUGUCAAAAAGGCCAUCUUAUGCCCCACCUCCUACCCCAGCUCCUGCAACCCAAAUGCCCAGCACACCAGGGUUUGUGGGAUACAAUCCAUACAGCCAUCUGGCCUACAACAACUACAGGCUGGGAGGGAACCCGGGCACCAACAGCCGGGUCACGGCUUCCUCUGGUAUUACCAUUCCAAAGCCCCCCAAACCCCCAGACAAGCCCCUGAUGCCCUACAUGAGGUACAGCCGGAAGGUCUGGGACCAAGUGAAGGCGUCCAAUCCUGAUUUGAAGUUAUGGGAAAUUGGCAAGAUUAUUGGAGGAAUGUGGCGAGAUCUCACUGAUGAAGAGAAGCAAGAGUAUUUGAAUGAAUAUGAAGCUGAAAAGAUCGAGUACAAUGAGUCCAUGAAGGCCUACCAUAACUCCCCCGCGUACCUCGCCUACAUCAACGCCAAAAGCCGCGCCGAGGCGGCGCUGGAAGAGGAAAGCCGGCAGCGGCAGUCGCGCAUGGAGAAGGGGGAGCCCUACAUGAGCAUCCAGCCGGCAGAGGAUCCGGAUGAUUACGACGACGGGUUUUCGAUGAAGCACACAGCCACAGCUCGUUUCCAGAGAAACCAUCGUCUCAUCAGCGAGAUACUGAGUGAAAGCGUGGUGCCCGACGUCCGCUCUGUUGUCACUACGGCCAGAAUGCAAGUUCUUAAACGCCAGGUUCAGUCUUUGAUGGUUCAUCAGGUAAAGAUAAACGACACGAAGGCGGCUCAAACAUCGUGGUGUUGGGCUGUACUCCAAGUAUCGGAUCGUCACCAGGAAAAGAAGAGGAAGUUCUUGGAAAGCACAGAAUCCUUUAACAACGAGCUUAAAAGGUUAUGCAGUCUGAAGGUGGAAGUGGACAUGGAAAAAAUUGCAGCUGAAAUUGCGCAAGCUGAGGAACAGGCUCGCAAGAGGCAGGGGGGAAGGGGAAUGGAAAAAGCCGAACGCAGUCAGAAUAACGUAGCGGCUGAGGAGGAACAGGCAGCUACCAAGACAGAGGAGAAGAAAGAGGAGGAGAGUGCUCCAAUGGAGACAGAAGAGCCUCACCCAGAAGAGAGCACAGAAAACCAGCAGAAUGGUGAAGAAGGAACAUCUACCCCCGAUGAUAAGGAGAGUGGCCAAGAAGGGGUCGACAGCACUGCCGAGGAGGGAACCAGUGACAGCAACACUGGUUCCGAGAGCAACAGCGCGACCGUUGAAGAGCCUCCCGCAGACCCCAUCGCUGACGACAGUGAGAAGAAAGAAUAA